AUGCAUCACUCGAGAGAGAGUAGCAUAUCUAUGCCUAAAAGGCAUCACAAGUAUUACAUCGAAGGAGGGGACCUACACAUACUGGCCGGCAAAACACUCUUUCGAGUCCAUGGAUAUUUUUUCUCUAGAGAGUCCCCUAUCUUCAGCCGCAAAGUAAACCCUACCUCUCCUGGAGAUGUGAAGGAGGGCAUGACAGACCAUGACCCUGUCAUACUCGAAGGUGUACCCCCCGAAGACUUUGAAAAGCUCCUCUGGGUUUUUUAUAACCCAAAGUAUUCACUGUACGACGCCAGCGUAGAUGACUGGCAAUGCAUUCUAGACCUUGCCGACCGAUGGGACUUUAAGGAGGUCAAAGAGCUCUGCGUGCGCGAGCUCCACAAAAAGCGCGACCUCGACCUCGUACACAAGAUGUCCCUAUACCAGAAGUACAAGGUCGACCCACGACACCUCGUCCCUCUCUACGCGGAGCUCUGUGCCCGCGAUACGCCGCUCACGCUGGCGGAGUCGCAGAUCCUCGGGUUAGAAUCUGUCGUUCUCAUCAAUACGACGCGCGAGAAGCUGCGCGCUGACCCUUCGAAUGAGGGGCGGAGCCCCCUGCCUAGUGGGCUGGAGGAGGAUGAUGUGUUCCGAGCGAUUGAGCACGAUCUGGGCAUCGAGCUCGGCGCGUCGAUGAAGUAUAGGCAGGAGACCCUUGCUUCGCUUUCGCCGUCUUCAUCUACUAAUGCUCAGAACGACGCUCAAGGAUUCAAAUUCCGUGGGUCCCCGCGGAAAGGAGGGCGUGGUGUCACCCUUGCUCCUAACGGCAAUCAUCGUUAG